ACUUCCCAGUUAAACGUGGCUACCCUACAAGUGAAGGAAGGAGUGGCUUUGCGACCUGUCAAGUUAGAUGAUUUCUCGUGAAAAUUAAUGACUCGUUGCAUCAAUUAAGUUAUUCACGUGUGCUUAGUACUUAUAAUCAAUCGCGUAGUAGUUCUAAUAUACGAAGAAAAUGUCGUCUUCGGGUGAUUUUGGAAACCCGUUGCGUAAAUUUAAGCUUGUCUUUCUCGGUGAACAGAGCGUUGGAAAAACUUCUCUUAUCACACGGUUUAUGUAUGACAGCUUUGACAACACGUAUCAGGCUACAAUAGGUAUAGAUUUUUUAAGCAAAACUAUGUAUCUGGAGGAUAGAACUGUAAGAUUACAGUUAUGGGAUACUGCAGGCCAGGAACGGUUUAGAUCUUUGAUACCUAGUUAUAUCAGAGAUUCUACUGUUGCAGUGGUGGUGUAUGAUAUUACUAAUGCAAACUCAUUUCAUCAAACAUCAAAAUGGAUUGAUGAUGUACGGACUGAAAGAGGAAGUGAUGUAAUUAUUAUGUUAGUGGGUAAUAAAACAGAUUUGGGUGAUAAAAGACAAGUUUCAAUGGAAGAAGGUGAACGAAAAGCUAAAGAGUUAAAUGUAAUGUUUAUUGAAACUAGUGCUAAAGCUGGAUAUAAUGUGAAACAGCUCUUUAGAAGAGUAGCAGCAGCUUUACCAGGCAUGGAUUCCACUGAAAAUAAGCCACCCGAAGACACUGUCGAUUUGCAGAAUCAAUCACCGAUGCAGAACGGCUCCGAAUCGGAGGGAGAGAGCGGCUGUAUUUGCUAGGGAGGUGGUUUAUCAAUGUGCAGCUAAUAAUGCUAACUCCUUGAGACAUUCUGAUACGAACCAAAAAUCAUCACGUACUAUUAACAAGAUGCUGGCUUCUUCUGAUGUCUACAUCGUGGCCCAUAAGUUAACGCGCGACGAAGGCACAAAACGUUUCAUUGACACCGUUCUUACUACCGACUACUUCUGCCCCAAUCAGUCUCAUUUAAGUCGUUUAACUAUAGCGUGAUUAACUGAGCGUUUUGCUAUGAUUCAUAUUACUCCGAGAACAGCUUCGUACGGUUAUAGUGCACGUUGUUAUGUUGUUGUACCCGCCAGACACUCUUCGACGAGAACUAGCGAUCUUCUUUACACAUUACGGUGUGAACCGCAAAUAGACGUCGUUCAGAAAAGAAAUAAAAAAUUCCAUCAAACGAAUGACCGACGUAAUAGCUACAUCACGAUGAUAGGAUGGCUCUUCCAUGCUCGUAGGAAUUAUCAUUCAAUGCGUCGUUAAGCGAUCGAAGCAAUACGCAAACAGCUUUUCUGUGAGAUUGUACAUAUCACGAUUCUUGAUGUUGCGAAUCGUUCAAUAAAUAAAAAGUACAUCGACAUUACUAUUUUUACUUUUCCAUAAAAUUUCGUCGAGCUUACCCGACUCGAGAAGUCGAGAUGCCACCAAUUUCUUCCGAACAACGUUCUUUGCUCAUCCUAUCAUCGUUUCCUUGGAUCGCGAUUUUCGAGGUAAAAUCUACUCAACACGCACAAGACACCGAGAAGCUUAGACGAGAGUCUUUUAGAACAGAGAUAUUCUAGACCUUAACGAAAACGACUGAAAGUAAAACGUUUUAUUAGUUUACAAGAUAGUCGAGGAAAUCGAACGAUCGAACGGUCUGUUUCUGGAUCAUUUGCGAAAAUUAUUACUCACACGUAGAACAUGUUAUUGGCAAGUUUGUUCGAUGGUGGAUUGUUCAAGGUUUAUAAUAUUGUAAUCAUAAUUAACCAUCUUUAUAGACAUUUUUCAAUAUUUCUUGAUAAAUAAGCGAGCGACUCGAUAUGCGAUCCGUUCAUAAAUUGAGGAAGAAGACGCACGUUGAAGAGAAUAAUUUGGGAAAAGGAAUGAAAUGUGUUCAAUCGUUCACUCGCCAUUUUAUAUAAUUAUUAACUUGUGUAACUAUUCAAUUUUUGUCUUUCAGUACGUUAUCUUUUGAAUCAAUGAAAUUUGUUGAUUGUUUCAACGGGUUAGAUGAAAGAUCAUAGAUGAAAGAGAAUCGGUAUUUCAGUUUAAAAGGAAGAUUUAGAGUUGCGUCUUCUUUCUAACGAGAUACACACAAACACACAUGCACAAAUAAGUGCAUAAAUGAAUAAAACGUAGGAAUCAGUAUGAAAAAAAGUGUGUGCAUUGUGCAUCAAUUCAUGAACCUGUCUCGUGUGUCACGACGUGUGACGAGCGUCGAGCGACGAAAUUGCUCGUGUUUUAUCGAGGAGACUGAACGCUUUUGAGCACGCCGUUGUUUAAUCAGAAUCGAAUAAAACGAAAUGAAAUAUACUCGAGCUAUAAUACUAAUACUGUACUGUGCCAGGCAUAACAUGAAGCGCUUUGGAGGAAAAGAUGUUGCGACAGCCUCGUUAACGAAGCGGCUGAACUCGGAAAAUUCGCGGGUAAAUUGGUUCGAGCGCGACAUUCAGUGUUCUGUCAGCGAUAAUCGAGCGUGCCAUGAAGGAAGUGGGCCAAUUUUACAUCUGCUAAUUAGAAUUUAGAAAAAAACGAAACGGUAGACGCAUCUGUGGAGAAAAUGCAAGGAUGAGAAAAUUCCGCUUGCCACGUGACUCAAGUUGCGAACGAGCGUAGUUUCCUCUGGCGUCGUCGUUGAACAUUGAUGUGAUAAGGCUUCUAUUUGAAGAAAGCGAUGGAAAAAAGAGCGAAACAUGGAACAGAAAUUAAGUGAUAUGUAAUUCAUUAAUCCGCCGUGCUUAUCGCGAACUCUACGUGCACUAGCACCGUUUCUUCUCAACGUUAAACUGUCUCUCUAGCGCAGCCCCUUGUGUAAUAACGUGUCGUGUAGCGUUGAUUCGCACCGUCUUGUUGUAUUGCAGCGUACGAACAUCCAGAAGUUCUGUGAUACGAAUCCCAAAGAAAGUUUACGUUUUGGAAAGGUCGAAGAUACUUUAUUACGUUCGAUACUUUCUAUUCGGGAAAAAUAUAUUCUCGUUGAAGAAUGUAUUGUAAGCUAUGGAUAUGGAAUAAUCUAAAAAGCGCCUAAAAAUGUCGGUUGGGGAAAGGAUUCGUACCAUUUGACUUCUUGUUGGUGCAUGCCGAGCGUAUAUUUUUCUUUCAUUCGGCCUCGUGUUCCGCGGAGAAGACACUCGGCUGCAGACUCCUCGACCGAAAAUACGGCCGUAGCUCGACGUAGGGUAGAUUCCCUUAGACAUUUCCGUACGAGGGGAAUAACUUUGCUGUACUCGUUUUAAUCUUUAUCGCCUAGUUCGCGAUGUUCAUGCCUAAGGAGAAAGAGGACGCGUCAACGCUCGUCAGGGGCGCACUUCCGAUGUAACUAAAGGAAGUCCUCUCGAUCUCCACGCGGCUGCAGCGAUUGUCUCCUCCACGCUGGCGAAGCGAACGAAUGUAGAGAUACGUCGAUCUAGUCGGAACGAUCUAUCAUUGGAAACAACGUGAUCGAUGGAUCGUUCAAAAAUCCACGGUGCUUGUUUCGUUGGGGCACAGUGAGAUCUUUUCGGUUGCGGUUCCAUCCUUUCGCCACGAGAGUAUUGCCGAUUAAAUAAAAAAUAUUGUCACGAAUUUUGUCGAAGCGUUACGUUAUUGUAUCGAGUCACUCAAGCGUGAUUUGACAAUUACGAUAAUUGGUGAUUGCGUGAAACACAUCUAUGAAAGUAUCGACAAAUGUUUGUGUAAGGGAUGGAAUACGUUUAUUAGAAUUAUUUAGUAAGACGAAAAAAGUAUCCAAAUUUCAUAAGAUCUGAUAUUUUCUUUUAUCAAGCUUGCAUUUUAUUUAAUAGAUAGUCCUAAAUAUUCGUAUGUAGGGUCUUGAGUAAAUAUAUUCGUUUCUUUAGACACACGGAAUUACGUUGUAUUAUUUUAAGUAAUAUUAGUAUGAGAAAGGAAACAUUCGGUUUUGUAACGUGGUUGCUCUUCGUAGCGAAAGGGUUAACGGAGAUUUGAUAAUCUAGUAGUAAUAAUGAUUUGUAGCGUUUCGGAGGAUUCUUGUGAAUGUAAUUUGCAAGGCAGCCGCGUUAUGUGGUAAUGUUAUUGUAGCCGAUGUUUCUUAGUUAAAUAGAGGUAUUCGCUGUAUCGUCUUUUUGCAAUUAAAUUGUCAAUCUUAACGUAGCAGUAGGGUGCGAUAUUCAUUAAUUGUAAAGUUAACCCUUCCAGUCAUCGAGGCUGUAGAAUUCUUGUGAUGGAUCUUUUUGUAAAACAUUAUGAAUCCAACAUUAUGAAUUCAUCAUAUAGUCUUCGACGUAGGAAGCGAAAUGAAAUUUAUGGGAAUGUCCUUUCUGUAUAUUAGAUUUUCUGUCUCUCUAUGAUAAUUUGGUACUUAUAGUAGAAUGUUUCCUUCAUUCCUAUUAUUAUACUUGGUUCGAAAGGAAAUGAAAAUCCGAGACUCGAAGGGUUAAAUGUUUCAAGGCUUUAAGUUUCUCCGACAUAUUUAAUAUAAAAUAGAAACUAAUGUACGCUUUUGUUUAACGUGAUAAAACGAGAUCUUGCAGAAAUAUAAUUGAAAAUAAACACCA